CGUGCGCAGUGGCCGCCCGCGGGGCACACGGGUGUUGGCGGCGCCUGAAGAGGCCCCGGCCGAAAGGGCUCAUCACCAGGGUCAUGUCGGCCCAGGGCGACUGUGAGUUCCUGGUGCAGCGAGCCCGAGAGCUGGUGCCGCAGGACCUGUGGGCAGCUAAGGCGUGGCUUAUCACGGCCCGCAGCCUCUACCCCGCCGACUUCAACAUCCAGUAUGAAAUGUACACCAUCGAACGGAAUGCAGAGAGGACUUCCACAGCGGGGCGGUUGCUGUAUGACAUGUUUGUGAAUUUCCCAGACCAGCCCGUGGUAUGGAGAGAAAUCAGUAUCAUAACAUCAGCACUGAGGAACGAUUCGCAGGAUAAGCAAACCCAGUUUUUAAGGAGCUUAUUUGAAACUCUCCCGGGCCGGGUCCAGUGUGAAAUGCUACUGAAGGUGACGGAACAAUGCUUCAACACGUUGGAACGAUCAGAGAUGUUGCUGUUGCUUCUGAGACGCUUCCCUGAGACAGUGGUUCAACAUGGGGUUGGCCUUGGGGAAGCGCUGCUAGAAGCUGAAACCAUUGAAGAGCAGGAGUCUCCUGUAAACUGCUUCCGAAAACUAUUUGUUUGCGAUGUCCUUCCUCUAAUAAUUAACAACCAUGAUGUUCGAUUGCCUGCCAAUUUGUUAUAUAAAUACUUGAACAAAGCAGCUGAAUUUUACAUCAACUAUGUCACUCGAUCCACACAGUUGGAAAAUCAGCAUCAAGGUGCACAAGAUACAUCUGAUUUAAUGUCGCCCAGCAAACGUAACUCUCAGAAGUACAUAAUAGAAGGACUGACUGAGAAAUCAUCCCAGAUUGUAGACCCUUGGGAAAGGUUGUUUAAGAUUCUCAAUGUUGUUGGAAUGAGAUGCGAAUGGCAGGUGGAUAAAGGGAGACGAAGCUGCAGUGACAUACUGCACCGGAUGAAGGAGCUCUGCAGGUACAUGAGCAGCUUCGACAGUGAGGCUCACGCCAACUAUAAAAACCAAGUGCUGUACUCCACGAUGCUGGUCUUCUUCAAGAGUGCGUUCCAGUACAUCAGCAGCAUACAGCCAUCUCUCUUCCAAGGUCCUAACGCCCCGAGCCAGGUCCCACUGGUUCUUCUGGAAGAUGUGGCCAAUGUGUAUGGUGAUGUAGAAGUUGAUCGCAGUAAGCACAUACACAAGAAGAGGAAACUAGCUGAGGGGAGAGAAAAAACCAUGCAGAGCUCAGAUGAUGAAGACUGUUCAGCAAAAGGAAGAAACCGGCACAUUAUUGUCAGUAAAGCUGAGCUCAGCAACUCCAUCGAAGUGCUGGAGAGCUUCAAACUGGCCAGGGAGAGCUGGGAGCUGCUCUACUCCCUGGAAUUCCUCGACAAAGAAUUUACAAGAAUUUGUUUGGCUUGGAAGACUGACACCUGGCUGUGGCUAAGAAUCUUCCUCACAGAUAUGAUCAUCUACCAGGGUCAAUAUAAGAAGGCGAUAGCCAGUCUGCAUCACUUAGCAGCUCUCCAAGGAUCCCUUUCACAGCCACAGAUCUCAGGACAGGGGACUUUAGAACACCAGAGGGCACUCAUCCAGCUGGCCACCUGUCACUUUGCACUGGGGGAGUACAGAAUGACAUGUGAGAAAGUCCUGGACCUGAUGUGCUACAUGGUACUACCCAUACAGGAUGGGGGGAAACCACAAGAAGAGCCCUCCAAAGUGAAGCCCAAGUUUAGAAAAGGUUUGGAUCUGAAGCUUCUGCCCUGUACCAGUAAGGCUCUUAUGCCGUACUGCCUGCACUUGAUGCUAGCGUGCUUUAAGCUGAGAGCUUUUACAGACAACAGAGAUGACAUGGCAUUGGGCCAUGUGAUUGUACUGCUCCAGCAGGAGUGGCCACGGGGAGAGAACCUUUUCCUGAAAGCCAUCAGUAAGAUUUGCCAGCAAGGAAACUUCCAGUAUGAGAACUUCUUCAGCUAUGUGACAAACAUUGACAUGCUGGAGGAAUUUGCUUACUUGCGAACCCAGGAAGGAGGGAAGAUCCAUCUGGAAUUACUCCCAAACCAAGGCAUGCUCAUCAACCAUUGCAGACCUUUUGGGUGGUCCCUCCAGAUGAGUGGCAGAGAUGUUGUGAGCAGUGUACCUCUCCUCCCCUUGGGGCCUUCUAGCCCUCCCAUGGGGUUACUGCAGCAGGAAUUCUUACCUGUGCUUCAGCCCAGCAUACAGACUGCUGACAGGUACCAAGUGGAAAACACCUGCUCAUAGUGUGCUGUUUGUCAACAUGUUUUCCCGCCCAUGGUUUCAGCUCUUUGUCCCUCGGUGCUCUUUUUCAUGCUUUAUUUAUUUGUUUUUUAUUUGUUUUCUGCAUUCCUUGGCAAACCAUCUGGUUGUAAAUAUUGUAACAUUUUUUAAUUUUUUUUUCCAUGAGUUGCCAGUGUGUUUGUGUUGGAUUUAAAAAUCAUUAUGGAUCUGGGGGAGGAAAACAAGUUUGCUAAAACUGCAAUAGAUUAAGUGACUAUUAGAGGAAGUGCUAAGCUGUGAUUCUGUUUUGAUAAAAUUCAAGAUUUGGGUCAUGACUAUUUAAAUACGUUGACAUACAUGUACCACAAGUAAACUUUUAUUGUGGAUUUCCAUCUUAACGAUCAGCACUUUUUGCUCUAAAUAGACAUUCACACAGCUUCCUCUGCCUUAAAGCAGGCUGCUUUGUUUUAGACCUUAGCUUUCUGAAUUGACAAUAUUUAAUAAGUGAAAAUGAUACCAUCUUCAUUAGCUAGAUUCUCCUGUUCUUAAACUGUAAGCUGUCUAUAGUCAUGUGCCACUUAACACUAGGGAUACACCUGUCACGCACUGUGCUAUUGCAUGGACAUCAUAGUGUGUGUGCAUUUACUCAAACCUAGCUGCUGGGUACCCAGGCUAUCGGGGACUAAUGCGGUCCCUCAUUUGAGGGAGGGGGGUGGGCAUGACUGUAAUUGGCAUCCUCCAGACUUGCAUAGAGGCUCUGGAGCAUAUGCAGUUGAGUUGUACAUCUGUUAAUGUAUAGAAACAAUCCUCUGACAAGCAGUGUCAAGACAUUUAGUUGUGUCUUUGGUAGUAUUAGGGGAGAAUUUGUUCUCUGAACUAUGGCCUCCAGUUGCACAUCAUUUGUACUUGGUCCAGUUUUGGGGACCCAGAAUAGAAGUAUCUCAAGGCAACAGGAUCCAGACCCUCAGCCUCACUGACUCCUGACUGAGUUAAGUGACGGUGCAGAACCGUGUUUCCUCAUGCCCCUGCUGUCUUCCUAUAAAGCCCUUUUAAGUGGCUGUGGGCUGUUGCAGUGUUGAGUUUUCACUAGUCUAAACAGAACAUUGUUUACUGCUGCACUGCACUGUUGUGACUCCUGAUUGCUUUCUACACAAGCAUGUGUUUUAAAAACAGAAGCAUUUAGGGUGAUAGCCACGGCCUCUGUUUUCUCACUACAUAAAAACCUUGUGACUUGGAGGAGAGUUAGGAGAUUUGGGGAGGGGAACAGAGGUGCAUUUUGUUUGUCUAAAACUGUUACACGACCAAACUAGCAGCCAAAACCCCUCUGUUUGUGGUUGAGUCCACUGAGUUUUGCUGGACUUUUCUUUUCCUCUGUUCAUUUUGUUGUCCUUACUUUAUGGGAUUCUGUUUGUCCUUUCCCAUCCUAACGCACGGCUCUUGGGGCACAGUUAGAUACCUCUUGGCUUUUGCUCCCACUAACCCACCCACAGACAAGCAAGCACCUAGAGAACUCUACUCUUCGUAGAACCUCACAGACAGUGAUUGUACCUUUGCAGCCUGUGACACAGUUCUAUCUCAGGGUCCCAGGCAGGUCCCCCUGCUUUCUCUACAGUAGUCUAGCUGAGAGCUGGACAUAGCUCUCAAGGAUCUGCUCUGUACUGGCUCCAUGGGGAUAGGCCUGACUCAGGACUCCAGCAGCUGUGUUGAAGCCUGAGCUUUUCUGGAGCAAGGGCCUGGCAGAGAGCUCCUUGGUGGCUAGGACAUGCUGGGUCCCUCUUGUUACCAUGGCCUUUCUGGGGUCUGUGGCCUGGUCUCCAGUCUGGUGAGCACCCCAAGGCACUGAAUUGUGUGAGCUUCAGGAGUUCAGAGGUGAAGCAGGUAACAUCUCACUGACCAUUGGCUGUGUAAAAUGACCCAGUCUAGGGCAGGAAAGAUGUCUGCCUAGUAUUGAGACGGAGAAGAUUGGGCAGGAGUGGUUAUCUGCUUGCAGCUUUUCUUUUUAAAUUUGGUUUAAAUGUGUGACUACACCUAGUUGUGAGGCAGGUUGAUUCCUACCCAGGUAACACUAGCCUAUGCUGCAACUUCUAACC